AUGGCGCUGCGCAAAGCUCUCACAUGUUAUAAGCGCAUCAACUUGAUCCGAGGAUAUCUUCCUCCCGCACACAUGGCAACGCAGAGUUCCAGCUCUGUCUUCAUCUGCCUCUCCUCUCCCGAAGUUCAUCCGUCUCCUCCUUCGCCGCAUGGCGUGUUGGUGGUGGCGGGGCCGCGCCUGGAUGGCGAGACACGCCUCCCGGCCCGCCCACCGCCCAGUUCGUCCCCACACUUCCGUCAACGCGCUCAGUGCCAGGUGGAAGCCAACCCGCCGGACGUCACCUUCACCAUGGACGAUCGGCAUCCCUCGCCUCCUAAGAGCCCUCCCGACUGCGGAGGGAACACCGCCCCCGCCACCGGCCGCCCUCUCCAGGGGAUCCGCCCUCGAGGUUGUCCCCCGCGUCCAGCUUCCUCCCGCCGGCGGGUCCGGGAACACCUCGCAUCACACCACGCAAUGGGAGUGCUAGUCCGACGAGUGAGCGCCGCCUCCGAGGUCGAGCACGACGUCCCCCGGGACGCGAGCCCCCGACCGGUCCCCCGUCCACGCCUGACGGCCUGCCGCAUCCCACUGUGGAUGGGCUGCUAG